CACGGCCACACGGGAGAAGCAGACCAGAGCAGGGCAGCGAGAUGUGGAGCUCCGACUCGGAGCCCGACCAUGCAGCCGGCGCCGCCGCGAUAACCACCGCAUCGUCCUCCACCUGCUCGUCCAGCCCGUCGACACCACCGCUUCCCUCCCCGACCCAGCCUCCGCCACGCCGCCACAAGAACAUUGCGGGUGUGGGUGUGGCCGCGACCGGCAGGGAGGCGGAGGCCGAGGACGUGUGGCACGGGGAUCAGUGGGAGGCGGCGUGGCCGCGGCGCGCAAAGCCGGUGGUCGUCGCCGCUGAGGAGACGGAGACGGACAGCACCGGCCCCGGGUCGUCACCUCGUGGCGGCGACGGCAUGGGCCGCGCGAGGAGCCUCACCGACGACGACCUGGCGGAGCUCAAGGGGUGCGCGGACCUGGGCUUCGGCUUCAGCUACGACGAGAUCCCGGAGCUGCGCGGGACCCUCCCCGCCCUCGAGCUCUGCUACUCCAUGAGCCAGCGGUUCGUCGACCAGCCCCAGCCACCGCAGGAGCAGGAGACGGCCGCCACGCCGACCUCCACGACGACGACCUCGCCGCCCGUUGCCAACUGGAAGAUCUCCAGCCCAGGGGAUAGCAGGGAGGAGGUGAAGGCGCGGCUCAAGUACUGGGCGCAGGCGGUGGCGUGCACCGUCAGGUCUGCAGCUGAACGAACGACCACCAAGACAACAGGCCAUGGCAAGAGCAAAUCAGAAGCAUUGAUCACCCCAUUGAUGCAUUGUCGCGGUCGCGAUCGAUAGGUGGAUCCACUGAAGAUGGAAGCAUGUUUCCGAUGACAUUACGAGAAGAAUCGUUGUGGAUGGAUCUUGCUACGUACGUGGGGAGCUGUACAUCCGAUUCAGUGUUUUAGUUGGAUGAUGGGUCGUAUUCGUGUCAUAUCGGCUGCGGAUUGUAUGGUGUUUGUUGCUGUGCUCUGAGCCAGCUACAGCUUCUCAUCUACUCCCCCCAUAAUGUAAGACGUUUUCUAGUGUUAAAAAAUGUCAUGAGCAGUUUUAAAAAGA